AUGUUUCCCUUCCCUUCCCGAAUCCACUGCCAGUCGACACCAGGCGUUAGCACAUUUAGCACGUGGCUCUCGGCAGCUGUGGAUCAGCUGUUUUCAAGUCAGAUCUGUCGGGAUUUUGCAGAUCUGUUGUCAGUGCCAUCACUAACGGCUCAGCUGGCCCUUCGCAUCACUGUCGAGGACGCUAGAAUUAGUUAUUUACAAAAGUUUGUUAUUUAUCGGAAAGGCCAACGCAGGACCAGCAUGUCGCCGCCGGACGCUUUGUGCCGCGUCUGCCACACUGCCUCGGCCCGCUGCCUGCCGCUGUUCCAGCCGCUCAGCAACCCUGUUGCCGGAAAACUAGCGACUUUGGCCAACAUUCUGAGCUACUGCAGCGGCCUGGAGAUCAUCGAGUCGGAGCUCUUCCUGCCCCACCACAUCUGCCCGGGCUGCGUGGCCAAGCUGCGGCUCUCGCUGGAGUUCAAGCGCAGUGUCCACCGCAUGGACAGAAUUCUGCGGCAGAGUCAUGCGGACUUUUGCCGCAGCAAGAGGAUCAAUGCGUUGAAUACUCGGCACAGGCUGUCGCCUGAGAUUCCGGAGGACUUUGUACUUGUGCUGGACGACCGGCAAGCGGCUGAAUAUGCUGAGGAUCAGCUGGUCGUGGAGUCGGAUGAGGAGGAGAUGAGGAGCCGGCUGGAGGGGCCCAGUGUGCAGAAGGAGAGACCAGCCCAUGAACUGGAACGGCAGGAAGAGUUGCCAGAGGAGCAGCAUAGUCGCGCAAUUGAAGAGAUCUACUUGGAUGCCAAGGCAGGUGAGGAUCUGUACGAGGUGGUCGACGAUCCGGAGCAACGUCUAGUGGAAGCCGCACAGCAAAGCGAACCUUUGGCCACUAAGAGCAGGCCAAGGAAAUCCAAACCAGCGCUGCAAUGUCCCAUUUGCGGCAAAGAACUGAGCAGCAAAAGGACCUUUCAGUGCCAUAUGACGCAACAUGGCCAGCACCACAUUCGCGGAGAAGACCAAGUCCACAGCACGGAGGAAUCGCUUCAAAUUGAGCCCGUUCUGCAGGCCAAGGCUGGCGAGGAUCUGUACGAGAUUGUGGAGAAUGCAGAGCAACCAGGCGCCAACCAGGCGCCAAAACCUUUGGCCCGCCGGAUCCGACACUGGAAACCUCUCAAUCCCUCCCUGCAGUGUCAAAUCUGCGGCAAGCAACUGAGCACCAGCAACUCGUUCAAGUACCACAUGCAGCUACAUGGCACGGCCACGCCUUACGUUUGCAAGAUCUGCGGGGAGUCGUUUAAGACCCGAAACGCCCACGACGGUCAUGUCACGCUGCACGAUCUAAACAAUCCGAAUAGGUGCCCCACCUGCUUCAAGGUGUACCGGCAGGCGUCCUCGCUGCGCACACACCUGCUAAUCCACAGCGGCAUCAAGCCAUUCGAGUGCAGCAUCUGCGGCAAGCGGCUGACCCAAAAGUCGGGCUACAAGAAGCACAUGCUCACGCACACGGGCGAGAAGCCGCAUGGCUGCGACGUCUGCGGCCGCAGCUUUCGCUACUCGAGCAACCUGAUCGCCCACAAGCGGUGCCACAGCCAGGAGAAGCCACACCACUGCCAGGUGUGCCAGAAGCGCAGCUUCGGCAGCAGGUCCGAGCUCAACCGCCACAUGCUCGUCCACAGCAGCGAGCGGCCGUUCGGCUGUGCGCAGUGCGGCAAGUCCUUCAAGCGCCAGAUCUCCCUCGGCAUCCACCUGCAGACGCACCAGGCGGGCAGGCAGCGCAAGAGGAGCGACCCCAAAGCGGAUGUCCUGCUAGAGCGGCGGGACCAGCAGGAAGAGGCCUGAGUGUGGAUCUCCAGCCCAAGCUGCUAUCGGUUACAUUAAUCACAGGAGCACAGGAGUUGGCUUAGUUUUAGUUUACUUUUGCUUUUAUUUUCGGUACGUUCCUUUGCAUGAUAACAAGUUCUAAGUGUUACUAUUGUUACAUACGCCCUAGGAUAAAAUUUGUUGUUUUCCCACCCCAAAAUAUAUGGUCAACAAACA